UUUAUCUGGCAAAGUGGUUCAUCCUUGCUGAAGUGUUGCAAGUCACAGAAUCUGCUCAAGGCAAAUAUGCUCAAAUGUUGUUUCAGGACUUACUGGAAAAUUAUUCAAAUGCCAUCAGACCAGUUGAGGACACAGACAAAGCUUUAAAUGUGACAUUACAGGUCACACUCUCACAAAUCAAGGACAUGGAUGAAAGGAAUCAAAUUUUGACAGCUUACUUGUGGAUUCGUCAAACAUGGUAUGAUGCUUAUCUCAAGUGGGACAAAGAACAAUACGAUGGCCUUGAUGCUAUCAGAAUCCCUAGCAACUUGGUAUGGAGGCCUGAUAUUGUUCUGUACAACAAAGCAGAUGAUGAAUUUUCUGGACCUGUAGACACUAAUGUUGUACUUCGAUAUGAUGGGCAAAUAACUUGGGACUCACCGGCUAUAACAAAGAGCUCUUGUGUUGUUGAUGUAGCCUACUUUCCAUUUGAUUACCAACAGUGCAAUCUGACCUUUGGCUCAUGGACAUAUAACGGUAAUCAAAUAGAUAUUACUAUGGAAAUGGAUAGUGGAGACCUGUCUGAUUUUGUAGAAAAUGUAGAGUGGGAGGUCCACGGAAUGCCAGCUGCCAAGAAUGUCAUCAUGUAUGGCUGUUGUUCUGAUCCUUACCCUGACAUUACCUACACUUUACUACUCAAACGGCGGUCAUCUUUUUACAUUUUUAAUCUUCUUAUUCCCUGUGUUAUGAUAUCGUUCUUGGCACCAUUGGGAUUUUACUUGCCUGCAGACUCAGGAGAAAAAGUAUCCCUGGGAGUGACUGUUCUUCUUGCGCUGACAGUAUUUCAACUUAUGGUUGCCGAGAGCAUGCCUCCUUCUGAGAGUGUUCCACUGAUAGGCAAAUAUUACAUAGCAACAAUGACAAUGAUAACGGCUUCAACUGCUUUGACCAUUUUUAUCAUGAAUAUUCACCAUUGUGGGGCGGAGGCAAAACCGGUACCAAACUGGGCAAAACUAGUUAUCUUGGAUUAUAUGUCCAAAAUAUUUUUUGUCUAUGAAGUAGGAGAAAACUGCACCACCCCCCAAAGGGCAAAAACAAAAGAUAUAAAGUUUCAUACUGAGGAGAAUGGACACGGAAAAAGCAGGAAAAAGCAAGAGUUGAAGAUGCAGGUGGAAGGCCAUAAAAAAUAUGACAUCUGUGGUGCGGAUGAGUCUAGCAGCCACUUGAAUGGAGGUGUGAAGGAAGCUGUGGACUGCACAGAGAAAAUGAACCUGUAUAUGUGCUCCUGUGCGCACCAUGAUGAGAUUGCAAAGAAUAUCGAAUAUAUUGCCAAUUGCUUCCGGGAACAGAGGGCAACAUGUGCAAAAGGUGCAGAAUGGAAAAAAGUGGCCAAAGUGAUGGACAGGUUCUUUAUGUGGAUAUUUUUUAUUAUGGUCUUUUUGAUGAGCGUUUUGAUAAUUGGGAAAGCACCUUGACUCUUUUACAUGGCACUUUAGCUUGGGAAAUGUAAUAGAGUUGCCUGACAAUAUUGGAUAUAGAGAUGGACUUUUCACAUCGGUAGUCUAAAACACAGUUGAGGUCUGCUAAUAAUGAGUUGAGAGUAACUUUACUUACUGAUGAGAUUAUAUUUCCAGUUCACCAAACUGCAGAAUUCAAAUGUUGCAGAUACAAACACAAUGACAUGAAGAUCUAAUGCUCAGAUACUGUGGCCAGCAAUCAGCAAACUGGUCAUGCCAUGUUGGACUGACA